CCCUCUCCGGAUGUGGCCGGUGCCGCCAUUGUGCGGCGCUGGUCUCCUCUGAGGAUUCUUUGUGCUGCCAGUGGCUUGGGCUCCAGCCCUUGCUUUUUGUUCUCCUGUCGCGGGAGCCCGGCGGGUCCGGGACUCCCGUGCGUGCCGGUGCGGGCGCCGGCAUGUGGCUGUGGGAGGAGCAGGGGGGGCUCAUAGGGCCCUUCUCCUUCCUGCUAGUGCUGCUGCUCUUGAUGACGCGCAGCCCCUUCAAUGCCUGCCUCUUCACGGGCAGCCUCUACCUCCUGCUGCGCUUCUUCAGCUUUGAACCCGUGCCCUCCCGCAGGGCCCUGCAGGUGCUCAUGCCCCGGGACCGGGUUUCUGCGAUCGCCCAUCGCGGUGGCAGCCACGACGCGCCGGAGAACACGCUGGCGGCCAUUCGACAGGCAGCUAAGAAUGGAGCAACAGGCGUGGAGUUGGACAUUGAGUUUACUUCCGAUGGGAUUCCUGUCUUAAUGCAUGACAGCACGGUAGAUAGGACUACUGACGGCACUGGACGGCUGUGUGAUUUGACAUUUGAACAAGUUAGGAAACUCAAUCCUGCAGCAAAUCACAGAUUGAGGAAUGACUUUCCUGAUGAAAAGAUCCCUACCCUGAGGGAAGCCGUUGCAGAGUGCCUAAAACAUAACCUCACAAUCUUCUUUGAUGUCAAAGGCCAUGCAAAUAUGGCUACUGAUGCUCUAAAGAAAAUAUAUAUGGAGUUUCCUCAACUAUACUAUAAUAGCAUCGUCUGCUCUUUCUUGCCAGAUGUUAUUUAUAAGAUGAGACAGAUUGACCAGAAUAUAGUCACAGCUUUAACUCACAGACCUUGGAGCCUCAGCCACACAGGAGAUGGGAAGCCACGCUAUGACGCCGUUUGGAAACAAUCUGUGUUUGUGCUAUUGGACAUUUUGCUUGACUGGAGCAUGCAUAACAUCUUGUGGUACCUGUGUGGGACGUCAGCCUUCCUCAUGCAAAAAGAUUCUAUAUCUCCGGACUACUUGAAGAAGUGGUCUGCUAAAGGCGUUCAGGUUAUUGGCUGGACUGUUAACACCUUUGACGAAAAGAGUUACUACGAAUCCCAUCUUGGUAUCAGCUAUAUCACUGACAGCAUGUUAGAAGACUGUGCAUCUCAGUUUUAGAUUUUUUUUUUUCCCCCAAGGAGGAAACAUGGGUACAGAAAUGCCUGUAGCCUCAUGCAGGGCUAUGAAAAUACCCUUUGUGCUAGCCCUAGCUCUGGGGAUCAGGUGGUUCACACAAGCAAUAGCCAGUGGUUGCAUUUUUACUUGAACCCAAAGCGAAACCCAGUGUUGCUGCCAUACUCCAUGGAAUGUGAGUUCAACACCAUCAUUCUUGAAGUCUGGGUCUGCAGAAAGACACAACAGCUCGGCACUGCCCUUGCCGAACAUACAAUAUAGCAAGACCCACAGAAAAUAAUAAGCACAGAUUGAUCUGUGCCCUUAGAGGGUACAGAUGCAAAUGCAUGGAAAUGCAUGAUCACUCAGUUGACCUUUCAAAACCUGCCACACUUGUGCAAUUUACUUAUGUAAAAUAUCUGCAUUUAACCAUAUUAUUAUCAAUCUACUAUAGAUGUCAAACUUGUGACCGUAUUAAUAAAAACAUUAAAAGAAA